AUCCGGCACUCCUCGCCUGGCCGCACCCGUCCGGUGUGAACCUGUGCGGUUGUGCGUGAGAGGGCGUUUAGCGAGUAUUUAUGCAUACGUUUUCAUCUGCUGGAACUAGGGUCUCUUGCAACUUGGGCAGUCCUUGUUGUUAAGUUUUGUAACGUCUUUUAGAAACCUGUCCCGCUGCAAUCAUGACUGGUCGUCUCCCAGCUUGCGUGAUCGACAAUGGAACCGGGUACACAAAGCUGGGCUUCGCCGGCAACAAGGAGCCGCAGUUCAUCAUGCCGUCGGCGAUCGCCAUUCGCGAGUCGGCGCGCAUCGGCGACCAGGCGGCGCGCCGGCUCGGCAAGGGUGUCGAGGACCUCGACUUCUUCAUCGGCGACGAGGCGUUCGACGCCACCGGCUACGCCGUCAAGUACCCGGUCCGCCACGGCAUCAUCGAGGAUUGGGACCUGAUGGAGCGCUUCUGGGAGCAGUCCAUCUUCAAGUACCUGCGUGCCGAGCCGGAAGACCAUUACUUCCUGCUGACGGAGCCGCCGCUCAACCCGCCCGAGAACCGCGAGUACACGGCAGAGAUCAUGUUCGAAUCGUUCAACGUGCCGGGCCUGUACAUCGCGGGUGCAGGCAGGUGCUGGCGCUGGCCGUCCUCCUGGACGAGCCGGCAGGUGGGCGACCGCACCCUGACAGGCACCGUCAUCGACAGCGGCGACGGCGUCACCCACGUCAUCCCCGUGGUGAGCGAGGGGUACGUGAUCGGCAGCUGCAUCAAGCAUAUCCCGAUCGCUGGCCGCAACAUCACCUACUUCAUCCAGUCGCUGCUGCGCGAGCGUGAGGUGGGCGUGCCGCCCGAGCAGUCGCUCGAGACGGCCAAGGCCAUCAAGGAGAGGUACUCCUACAUAUGUCCAGACAUCGCAAAAGAGUUCGCCAAGUACGACUCUGACCCGUCCAAGUGGAUCCGGCAGUACCAGGGCGUCAACUCGGUGACCAAGCAGCCGUUCGAGGUGGACGUCGGCUACGAGCGCUUCCUGGGGCCCGAGAUCUUCUUCCACCCGGAGUUCGCCAACCCGGACUUCACCACGCCGAUCUCGGAGAUCGUGGACAACGUGAUCCAGAGCUGCCCGAUUGACGUGCGCCGGCCGCUGUACAAGAACAUCGUGCUCUCGGGCGGCAGCACCAUGUUCCGCGACUUCAGCCGCCGCCUGCAGCGUGACGUGAAGCGCCAGGUGGACGUACGCCUCAAGCGCAGCGAGGCGCUCAGCCAGGGACGCAUCACGGUCAGUGGCCGCCGCUGCAGCGGGGCGGGCGGUACAGGCAGUCGGCCGGUGACGGCUCGUGCUUCGGUCGUCUGCGGCAGGUACACAAAGCUGGGCUUCGCCGGCAACAAGGAGCCGCAGUUCAUCAUGCCGUCGGCGAUCGCCAUUCGCGAGUCGGCGCGCAUCGGCGACCAGGCGGCGCGCCGGCUCGGCAAGGGUGUCGAGGACCUCGACUUCUUCAUCGGCGACGAGGCGUUCGACGCCACCGGCUACGCCGUCAAGUACCCGGUCCGCCACGGCAUCAUCGAGGAUUGGGACCUGAUGGAGCGCUUCUGGGAGCAGUCCAUCUUCAAGUACCUGCGUGCCGAGCCGGAAGACCAUUACUUCCUGCUGACGGAGCCGCCGCUCAACCCGCCCGAGAACCGCGAGUACACGGCAGAGAUCAUGUUCGAAUCGUUCAACGUGCCGGGCCUGUACAUCGCGGUGCAGGCGGUGCUGGCGCUGGCCGCCUCCUGGACGAGCCGGCAGGUGGGCGACCGCACCCUGACAGGCACCGUCAUCGACAGCGGCGACGGCGUCACCCACGUCAUCCCCGUGGCGGAGGGGUACGUGAUCGGCAGCUGCAUCAAGCAUAUCCCGAUCGCUGGCCGCAACAUCACCUACUUCAUCCAGUCGCCUCGCGAGCGUGAGGUGGGCGUGCCGCCCGAGCAGUCGCUCGAGACGGCCAAGGCCAUCAAGGAGAGGUACUCCUACAUAUGUCCAGACAUUGCAAAAGAGUUCGCCAAGUACGACUCUGACCCGUCUAAGUGGAUCCGGCAGUACCAGGGCGUCAACUCGGUGACCAAGCAGCCGUUCGAGGUGGACGUCGGCUACGAGCGCUUCCUGGGGCCCGAGAUCUUCUUCCACCCGGAGUUCGCCAACCCGGACUUCACCACGCCGAUCUCGGAGAUCGUGGACAACGUGAUCCAGAGCUGCCCGAUUGACGUGCGCCGGCCGCUGUACAAGAACAUCGUGCUCUCGGGCGGCAGCACCAUGUUCCGCGACUUCGCCCGCCGCCUGCAGCGUGACGUGAAGCGCCAGGUGGACGUACGCCUCAAGCGCAGCGAGGCGCUCAGCCAGGGACGCAUCACGCCGAAGCCGAUGGACGUGCAGGUGAUCUCGCACCACAUGCAGCGCUACGCCGUCUGGUUCGGCGGCAGCAUGCUUGCCUCAACGCCGGAGUUCUACCAGGUGUGCCACACCAAGGCGCAGUACGAGGAGUACGGACCCAGCAUCUGCCGGCACAACCCGGUGUUCGGCACCAUGUCGUGAGCUGGGCCGCUCGCGAGACCAGCACCUCUGCUGAGGAGAGACCGGCGCCGCCGCGCGCCAUGAUAAGCUCACACGCGAAUUCCUUUUCUUACGAUUUGUAGCGGUUCUCUGUCGCGCGCGUGAGACGCCAUUCCAUCUCGGUUCCGCGCCGGGCGGGGUGUGGCCGCGGCAAAGACGGGGAGCUGGCGGACUGCGCGCGUCGCGUGUAGCAGCGGUGUGAGAAGUGCGGGCCAAAUCAGUGCUUCGUUGUUAAUUUGGAUAUCAGCCGCCCGCGUGUGAUUUGAAUAUUUAAAUGAAUACAUUAUCCCUGUAUU